AUUCUGAUUGGCUAUCGUUGUGAGUUCAAGGGUUAGCUAGCUUGUGGUGUAGCUAGAGAGGGGUGUGUUAUCUGCUGAAUUAUCAGUUGUUCUUACUUCAGCUUAAUCUAACAAUCGAUAGCGUGCACAACGGCCUCGUCGCUUAUUUAUUUGACCCAUAUGUACAUUUUUGCGUUUGCUUUGAGCGUUGACGACAUGGACAUGCUAGUAUUAGCUGAGUAGCUAAUAGUUAAUGUUACCUAGCUAGCUAACGUUAGCUAAGUUAGUGACAAGUGCUCUUCCAAAUGACUUAUUGUUUCAAAAGCUGACCUUGUAUACACACAGCCAGGUGAAAGACGAACAUGUCUUCUGUCAGAGCUAUGGCAUCAACCAGGUUCGUGUCUUUGUUCAACGCGAAAGCUGCAGACUCGACCAAAACAUUGGCCAGGGCAGGCUGGAGUGUGUGCUUCAGGAGAAAUUUCAUCACUUCACCUUCAAGACUGCAGAGCUGUAUGUCAGCCUGGGUCAUUGAUCAGUAUGGUACUAAUGGGGUUUUGAAGUUCGCGGAAGAAAUCACCGUCCCCACUGUCAAUUCUCCCAGUGAGGUGAUGAUUAAAGUCCAUGCGGCUAGUCUCAACCCUCUUGAUAUCUCUAUGAGGGGUGGUUAUGGAGCUAAAUUUCUUAAAUUAAGAAGGGAUCCAAUGUCUGUGAUGGACAACAACAAUGAUAGUGAGUUUCCUCUGAUUCUGGGUCGUGAUGUGUCUGGUGUAGUGGUUGACUGUGGAUCGGAGGUUACCCAUUUUGUUCCAGGAGAUGAGGUGUGGGCUGCUGUUCCCCCAUGGAAACAAGGCAGUCUUGCAGAAUUUGUGACUCUAACAGAGUAUGAGGUUUCCCAGAAACCAAAAUUAUUGAGUCACACAGAGGCAGCAUCCAUCCCCUAUGUAGCCAACACUGCUCUGUCUGCGCUUGUUAAUGCAGGUGGUCUUUGCAGAGACAGCUCUUCAAAUAAAAGAGUUUUGAUCACUGGAGGAUCGGGAGGUGUUGGAACAUUCUCUAUUCAGUUAUUAAAGGCCUGGGGUGCCCACGUAACUGUUACCUGCUCUCAGAACGCCGAAGGCCUUAUUAGAGGGCUGGGGGCCGACGAGGUGGUGGACUACACAGCAGAAGAUGCGCAUGAACAGCUAGGAAUGAUGGAAAAGUUUGACGUGAUUUUGGACAGCGUGGGUGGGGAAACGGAACAUUGGGCCAUGGGCCUGCUGAAGCCCUGGUCUGGAGCAAAGUACGUCACACUGGUAACACCUUUACUCUUCAACACCGAUUCCAUGGGCCUGCUGGGUGGGAUGUUUCAAACUGGAUACACCCUGCACAGCAAGGCCACACAGAACAUAGUAUCAAGUGGAGUCUUCUAUCGUUGGGGAUUUUAUGCGCCAGAUGGGCCUGCCCUGGACGAGGUCAGCAAGCUGAUGGAUGCAGGGAAGAUCUUGCCAGUUGUGGAGGCCCAGUUUCCAUUUACCCAGGUGCCCCAGGCUUUUCAGAAGUUGGAGCAGGGCCACGCCAGAGGAAAGACUGUAGUCAGGGUGGCUGAAGAGGACGAGAGACAGGCUGAAGAGUUGGUGCAGGACAGUCGCACAGAGUCCGAGCAAGAAGUUCAAGAAACAGCCAAACAAAACUAGACAGUAAGAAAAAUGCCAAGAUAAUUUAGCUUUGGGAUUCUUCUCACCUUUAUAAGGCUACUCCUGACAGCAGCAGACUGUAUUAUUGUAGAGGUGCUGCUGUGGUACAGCAGACUACAAGCGUGACCUGAGCUUGUAAUGGGAUUGGGCCAAAGGCUGUUGCUCUUGCUAAAACUUACACCUUUCACAAGGUGUUUAAGUUAUGCUGCCUUCCUGUAUUGUUGAAGUUACUAUAAUGAUCAGCCUUGAACUAAUAAAAACCAUUCAGGCGAGCAUCCAGCUGGUACAACCAGGCUUUGUGGUAUAUUUUGGUAUAGAUUACUGCAAUGUAUUUAAUAAGGAGUCACAUAAUAAAAAAUGUCUGUUACGAACAUAGUCAGCUGGAAAUAGAUGUGUUUUACCUCCAGCACCAGUUGAGGCAGAAGCAGCACAAUAAGACAUUUGCAUUUUUUUGCAUUUGUCCAUGUCAAGGUUAUCUGAAAACUACCCACGUCACGUUGCAUCUCACAUUACAGUAUGUGAGUGUAGCUUACAGUAAGUAAGCUGAACAAAAGUUAACCAUUCAAAAUUUGGGC